CAUUAUCCAAUACUCCAAUAAUCCACCGAGCACAUUUCGUUCUGAACAUCAAGGUCGUCCACAAUGGCGGAAUUGCAAACCAUCCCUGCCCGCCACGGGGUAGCCACAUUCGUGCCUGCAGGACAAAUAAUCAAAAUUAUUAACACUUCCGGGACUCAGGUGAUUGACACGUGGGCAUUCGCGCUACCAACACCGGAAGUGAAGCCGGAAAACAAGAAGAAAGAGGAGAAAGACUCGAAGGAAGAGGGAGACAAGACAGAGUCGAAACCACAAUCGAAGCCAGAGGAGAAAGACGCGGUAAAGCCAACGCCCAAGAAGAAGAAAGAUGCCGAUCUGCCGAGCCAAGAAGAUGCCGAGAAGGCGACGCAAGAGCUCAUGAAGCAAGGCGAUCAAGCCAAAGGUGGCGCCAAAGAUGGGAAGGAGAGUACACCACAGAAGAGCACUUGGAGCUCUUACGUUCCAACACUCGGGUUGACGUCUUCGUCGAAGAAGGCAGCACCCAAAAAGGAAGAAACAGAGCAGCAGAAGAAUUCGAGGACGUGGGCUUCGUACUUCCCUUCCGGCAAAGGCUUCAGCACAUACAUCCCAAAGUCUGCAUCGGAUACAGUAUCUGCCUUCGCAUCCGACCAUCAGAGGGAUACCAACAAAUCGUACAUUGAACAGCUUCAGGACUUCUCGAAGACGCCAGUAGGCGCAGCAGGCCUCGCAGCAGUGACCGGUUCCGGAUAUGCUGGCUCCCUCUACGCCGGCUAUCAAGCAUGGAACUCACAUCACGCCGCCGACGCGCCACCGAUGGAAUUCAUGAGCAUGCCACACUCUCGAUCCGCCUCGUUGCACAUGCGACCGAAAGUGAACGACACCAUGAUCUCAAACCUGCGCGAGCCUAUGUUAACCCUAAUCGAAGAUACAAGUCCAGGCAUCCACGAUACGCUGAUCGCGGCAUGUGACCCGCAGCGAUACAAAGGCCUUGGCGUGCAAGACUGGGAGCAUCACGGAAGUUGCGCGGAGAACCUUGUUUUGGCGCUGAAGGAGUUGAACGAGCGCGCCGGGCUUAAGGGUGCAAAGAGCGUUGGUGCGGAUGUGACGAUCAACGCCGUGCCUGCACCGCUGAAUCUGUUCAUGAACAUUCCGUGGGACGAUGAUGGCGACCUUGCGUUCAAGGCGCCGAAGGGCAAAGAAGGCGAUUACGUGCGGCUGAAGGCGGAGCGUGAUGUUGUGGUUGUGAUGAGCGCAUGUCCGCAGGACGUGUUGGAAAUCAAUGCGAAGAAACCGACAGACGCACAGUUUAUUGUUGAAGGAGGCGACGAAGAGACGAAGGAGCAGCCGAAGAAGGCUCCGGCAAGGCGGCCGCCCCCGAAGAAGCUUAACUCGUCAUCGAGAGCGCCUUCGACGGCAGGCACGGACGCGGGUGAUGCGAAGCCUGCGACGAAGAGACCAGUACCUGCGAGGCGGACCGUUCCUCAGAAGAAGCCUGACGGCGCCACUGCAGCGCCGGCAGCGAAGAAGCCGGUGCCGAAGCCAGUGCAGCCACAGAAGAAGGUACCUGCUGAAGGCGGUGAGGCGAAUGGCGAAGCGGCUGCGCCAGUCGAGAAGAAGAAGCCUCGGAAGCUGACUACGAAGCCCAAGGCGGAGGCGGGAGGGGAGUGAUUCGCACUGUCAAACAUGUAAGGUGUUCUUUGGGAGGCAGACUUGGGAGCAUCUGCAAUUCUUGGAUAGUAUUACCUCGAAUCGCAGCGACUUUGGCGACGGAACGAUCUUUUUGCUAGGUGACAUGCAAGGGCUGCUGCUGAUAGGCACGCGCACACCUGCACGCCCGAGUCGUUGUCAAGAACAAUGUUACUCUGUGGCUUCGAUCAGGACCUUUACCUCGUCACUGAUUUCCUGCCACGC